AGAGGAGAAACCUCCGCCCCCGUGCGGUGCUGGGUGGUUUUGUAGGGUUUUAGGCGGGGGAAGGGAGGAGGAGCAUGGGGGGCGGCUCGUCGCCGGCGAUACGGCCGAUCGGGAGGUCCGCGGUGCACCGGAUUUGCUCCGGUCAGGUCAUCUUCGACCUCUCCUCCGCCGUCAAGGAGCUCGUCGAGAACAGCCUCGACGCCGGCGCCACCACCGUCGAGGUCACCCUCCGCGGCUACGGCGAGGACUCCUUCACCGUCUCCGACAACGGCACCGGCAUCGCGCCGAGCAAUUUCCAGGCGCUUGCUCUGAAGCACCACACCUCCAAGAUCUCGGAUUUCGGCGACCUCAGCUCCGUCGCCACCUUCGGGUUCCGUGGGGAGGCGCUCAGCUCGCUCUGCGCGCUGGGGAAGCUGACGGUUGAGACGAGGACCAAGGACGAGCAGGUCGGGACGCGCCUGGAGUUCGCGCACUCGGGCUUGGUGACCGGCGAGAGCAAGAUGGCGCGGCCGGUCGGGACGGCCGUGACCGUCGAGAAAUUGUUCUCCACGCUGCCUGUUCGGAGCAAGGAGUUCAGGAGGAACAUUCGGAAGGAGUACGGGAAAGUGAUCUCCUUGCUGAAUGCCUAUGCCUUGAUUUCCAAAGGGGUCAGAUUAGUUUGCACAAAUACCACCGGCAAGAAUUCUAAAAUGGCGGUGCUUAGAACUCAAGGGAGUAGUUCACUGAAAGACAAUAUCAUUACCGUAUUUGGUUCGAACACUUUCAAGUGCCUACAGCCCUUCAAUGUGACAAUCUCAGAAGGCUGCCAAGUUGAUGGCUUUCUUUCCAAACCUGGACCUGGUAGCGGUCGCAAUUCAGGGGAUAGACAGUUCUUCUAUGUUAAUGGCAGACCUGUCGAUGUGCCAAAGGUCUCCAAACUUGUUAAUGAGCUAUACAGAAGCUCAAACGCCAAGCAAUACCCUGUGGCUGUAUUGAAUUUCUGUAUUCCAACCACAUCUUAUGAUGUGAAUGUUGCGCCUGAUAAGAGAAAAAUUUUCUUCUCAUCCGAGCAGACCAUUUUGCUAUCUUUACGUGAAGGUAUUGAGAAUAUGUACUGCCCUCAACAAUGCAGUUUCUCCAUCAACAACAUUGAAGAUCCUGAAAAGGAAAUGGAUCCAGCCAUUGGUGGGUCUGAUGAAAACAUGUGUUUAAUAGAAAAGGAGAAUGUUUCAGCUACUGAAAAUGACGAUCACAUGGAUGAAACAGAUAGUGAUGACGAGGUUGCACCAGAGAAUCAGAAAGUGACUUCUUCAGUAACAGAAACAGUAGCCACUGGAUCUAAACCCAGAGAUGUGAGUCCCUUGCCAAGAGGCCCACCUGCUCAGGUUGAUAGAUCUGCUUGGCUUUCGGCCUAUCGGCAUAAGCAACCAGAAAAAAUGCCCACACAAGUAAAAGGCUAUCUAACACGAGCAAAUCAAGUUAGAACAGGGCUUGCUACAAAGUCCUCUCCUUCAAGUACUGUUCAACCUUCUAUCAUGAACUUUCUAUCACAAAAUAAAAGGAAACAUGAAGAUAGUUGCAAUCUUAUUUCUGAAGCUCCAGUGCUGAGAAGGGAAACAUGCUUGGAGCAAGUGAGGAGAACAGAACUAGGAGCAAAUGCACCAGAUACACUAACCUCAAGUAUAUCUAAUAUUGUUAACACACCUCAAGGAACAAAUCCUUUGCGGCACCAUUCUCCGCAAUCUUUUGUACCCGAGACAACAGAAGACUCACCACAGUAUUUGGAACCACCUAAUAUUUUUUCUCGUACUGAUGAGGUGCCUCACUUGCAUCCAUCUGAUGUUCACACUACAGAAUCUGAAGCGGAUAAACAACAUGAUCGACGCCAUUCCAAGUGUGGUUCUCCUGGUAGAUGUUCAGAAGUGGAGCCCCAAAAUGAAUUGACAAUUAUUUCUGUGCAUGAUGCUCAUCCUGAUGGUCAUGGCAAUGCAAUACAUUCUGGAUCCUUAUCUUUUCCGGUUAUGAAAUUUACACUUGCUGACCUUAGAAGAAGAAGAAAGCAUAGUUUUAUGAUAUCACAUACAAAUAAAGGGUGUUUUCCUGAGAAAACAACAAGGUGUUAUAAAGCUGCGACACUGGAUAAUAAUGUACCAGAUAAUGAGGAGGGGAAAUCGAAAUCUUUAGCUGCAGCCACUAGUGAGUUAGACAGAUUUUUCAGUAAAGAUGACUUUGGAGAAAUGGAGGUUGUUGGGCAGUUUAAUCUUGGUUUUAUCAUUGGAAAGCUGGACCAUGACCUAUUUAUUGUAGAUCAGCAUGCUGCUGAUGAGAAGUACAACUUUGAGAACCUUUCACAGUCAACAACUUUAAACAUACAGCCACUCCUUCAGGUGUUUUGUUGUAUUCAGAAUGUUGAAAUCAGACCACUGAGACUAGAACUGUCACCAGAGGAAGAAGUUAUCGUUUCUAUGAACAUGAGCACUAUCAGAAAAAAUGGUUUUGUUUUAGCAGAAGAUGUGCAUGCUUCACCUUGCAACCGCUUUUUUAUAAAAGCUGUUCCAUUCAGUAAGAAUAUUACAUUUGGUGCUCAAGAUGUGAAGGAGUUAAUCUCCAUGCUUGCUGACAGUCAAGGUGACUGUUCAAUAAUCAGCAGUUACAAGCUCGAUAGAACUGAUUCUAUUUGCCCUUCGAGGGUUCGUGCUAUGUUGGCUUCAAGGGCUUGCCGAAUGUCUACUAUGAUAGGUGAUCCAUUGACAAAAGCUGAGAUGAAGAAGAUACUUAAGAAUUUAACAGGACUGCGGUCCCCUUGGAAUUGCCCUCAUGGGAGGCCAACAAUGCGCCAUCUAGCAGAUCUCCGUACUAUAAAAAAUGAAGGAUGGAAGGCAACUUUCUCAUGACUUCGGGCAGAUUAUAGGUUGUAUUGAUGUUGAUGUGCUUGCCUUUUCACUGCUAACGUUCGAAGGAAAUUGGACGCUCCAUGGCCAACAGUCCUCGAUGUGUAUAAGACCUGAUCUCUCUCACAUGUUUGAAACAGCCUAUGUGAUCUAUUCGUGCCCUAACCGUAUGUAUGUGGUGAAUAUGUGACAUCUUGAUUUUGAAUGACACUUAUGUGAAAGCGUCAUUGAUAAUGAGAACCUUGCUUUACACAUGCAUCGGAAGGUAAAAUGCUCCGAUAAGUUUGCAAGGAUCCCGAUUCCCUUAUGAUUACAAGGUGACGGAGCAUGCGCUGACGUUAUUUGUGUGGUUAACAUGUAGAUAAGAUGCCUUAGUAACUUGUGCUGAAAAUGCCCUGGGUUUCUGACUAUAUAUAAUAUAAAGA